GCGAGCUACUUUCCCCUAAAUUCAUGCAAACUGUUCACGUGAAAUCAGAGUCUAACUUUUAUAUGUGAUGUUCUGGCUCUAAAUAUGACUAGUUUUGAUUUGGUUCUUCUGUUAAUCAACGUUAUUUCCAGCAGUGGGUUUUAAAAAAAGAAAUAAAUAACGCAAUGCAAUGCAAAUUGACGUCUGCUCUGUGGUUGGAGCACAGAAAGUUCUGACCUCCUCAUUAUUCAUCCAGCUUGGGCUUGAAACCUUCUAUUCUAGUGAGCAUUGGAAAGCGAAUUGUAGCCGCCGUCAUCGUCCUCUGUGCUUUGUCUGAGACACACAGAGCAGAGGCUGGGCUUUAAUAAGUGCUGAGCUGUGGAUCUGUUGUUCAUAUCAUCCAAGCACAGCACCAAACUCAACACCUUCUUCAGUAAUGGGUUGUUAUGAGUGCUGCAUGCGGUGUCUGGGAGGAGUGCCCUACACAUCUGUGGUAGCAACUCUCCUCUGCUUCUCUGGCAUCGCACUGUUCUGUGGCUGUGGGCACCAGGCGCUCACAGAGACCGAGAGGCUUAUCGAGACCUACUUCGCCCGCAACCCGCAGGACUACAUCACACUUGCCUACCUUAUUGAGUAUUUCCAGUACAUUAUCUAUGGCCUGGCCAGCUUUUUCUUUCUCUACUGCAUUGCACUGCUGGCUGAAGGCUUUUACACAACCAGCGCGGCAAAGCAAACGUUUGGCGAGUUCAGGAGCACCGUGUGUGGCCGCUGUCUCAGUACAACAUUCAUUGUGAUCACGUAUUUCCUGGCCGUCAUCUGGCUGCUGGUCUUUGCUUUUUCUUCACUUCCUGUCUACUUUUUCUACAAUAUGGCUGCGACCUGUCGCACCAUCGACUUUCUCUCUGAGACACCAUCAAGCAUUAACCAGCUGUGCAUGGAUGCCAGACAGUUUGGUUUACUUCCAUGGAACACUGUGCCAGGUAAAGCUUGUGGGAUGACCUUGUCCAACGUAUGCAAAACACGGGAGUUUUUCUUGACCUACGACCUCUACAUUGCUGCCUUCGCUGGAGCUGGAAUUACGUUAUUGGCUCUGUUUACUACUCUUACAGUGAUCAACCUGACACUCCCUGCUAAUUCCUACAUUUUGUAUCCUCUCUGCUUUUCUCUCUGUAGCUCACGUAUACAGUCUCCACUACCUAUAAUUUUGCUGUUCUACGUUAUCUGGGAAGGAAAGGCUUAGCUGCACGGUGUUAACACUCUGUCCUUUCCUGCAAUCCAUGCUGUUUCUGUCCACUCUGCACCGUAUGGAAGGACAGAAGGAAUUUCUUCACCUACCUGUUCAACAUCUCUGUUUCUAAUUCUAAGACUUUCUUCUUGUUUGACUGACACACUGUAUAGCAGGCCAGCUGAGCAUUUGUCCAGAAGGUAAUGAUGCAAAUGUGAACCCUGGAGGCUGCUGUUGUUCUUGAGACAGGACAACAGACUAUUAAAAUACCAUUGAUUGUAACACUACUUUACUGUAAGAUUGUUGUGCCACAAUUUUAUUGUGCCUUUGUUAGUGCCUUUUUCCUCCCUGAUGGACAAAUGACUCAGUUGGACAGGAAGCACAGGGUUGCAUGGUGUUUAGUACUGAGAUGUUUAGUAGAGGCUUUAUCUCUCCUUUUUUCCCCUUUUAUUGUUUUAAUAUAUCUUUUGCUGUUUAUAUUUGUGAUUUUGAAAAUAGCAUUUUUGUCUUUUCUAUAAAAGUGCCUACAUCCCUUACAAGCCAUGGGAUGUUAGUUUCCCUCCAAUCCCGUCCACCAUGGAUGUUAUCUAGUGUUUGCUCUAUAGAUGAAUAGCAAGGUUUAGUUCAUUUUCUUUUUUACAUUUGUUUUAGUUAACAGAAAUAACUGAUUUUAUUAUGUGAGAAACUGAAUAGUGCAUAUUGUUUAAAUUUUUCUUUUAUAUUUACUUGGGAUGGACAAGCAUGUUACUAUGGUGAUAACCUUUCACAUCUGGUCACCAUGGUGUCUAGACAUGUGAAUAUAGACUGACUUGCUGUGACCGUAGCAUUUUUUUUUCUCACAGUCCAGAGAAUAAUAGAGUUGCGGGCAAUUUUGAGACGAAUGUUGGUUUGAAACAAGGGGGAGGACAAACGUACAUCAGAAUAAUCAGCUUUACAUGUUUGCUGAGAGUCUUUAGAGGCAACGCAGCACCACAAAUCACAAAUUCACAAACAGUCAAUCAUUUGCUGAUAGUUUUCAACAUUUAACAAUUUCUGAAGACAUGGUGAGUGCUCAGGCUCCCCCUAGUGGCAGCUGUGUUCAUCUCAAACUGAUUGUCCAUAUGGGGGGGAACAGUUUAUUGUCCAUCCCUGUAACUAGCAGGAGAAAAUAGUAGUUAUUGUGUAACACACAAUGUUAUUUUAUUUUUUACUAAUCCUUAUUUACAUGUUAUGCAUCAAAUUGUUGUUUCAUUUUACUAGCAAUAUUUGUUAGAAGUGUUUCGUAAGUCAAACGGCGAGAGCAUCCCCACGAGUUGUCAUAAACAAAGGAAAUCAGAUGAGGUGUAUUGUUCUGAGUGAGAAAGAGGCCUCAGUAAGAGGUCUGUGUAGAUCCACCAGGGUCUGUGUAGAGGAUGUGGAUAGUUUCUUUUUCUCUUUGGCAGAUUCACUGUCCUCUGCACCUGGCUAGGUGGCAGAUUCUGCUAAGAGACCAGCGAUACAGAAUGAAAGGGGAGAGGAGAGAUGUGCUGUUCAGCAGGAUCUCGAAACACCACAGUGGCAGUAUCAGUUCUCCUUACGCCGCCAAGCCUACUGAUGCAUAACGGCAGGAUUUCCCUGAAACAUUCAGGCCUGUUUUGGCUAAUAUACUAGAAGUUAAGCAAGUAUGUUUAGUUUGAAAGCAAAAAUAGACCAUUAUAGUAAGUGGUAAGCAUUACAUGUCAUACUCGGUGCUACAAUGCUAAUGAAGUGCUUUAAUUUCAAAGCUUGGUAUUAUCUUGCUUAAAAGAUUUUUUUUUUGUCUUUGUUUUUUUUUUUUUUAAGCUCAAGUAUCUGUGAUUACUUUGGACACUUAAAGUAUGAUGUAAUGUGGGGAUCUCUGUAAAAAUAAACACCUUGAUGUUCCUCUAA